UCCGAAGCAUGCAGUACCCUGCGGGGUGUUGACGUUCAAGAAAUGAGGAAGGAAAACGCUGGAUUCACAAUUGAAACGGAAAACCUAAAGUUUUCUUUUAAGAAGGCAACAGGGACUCUCUUAUCAAGGUACGCCUCCCUCCGGAAACAAAAAUUCACUGGAGCCUCGCAGCAUUUGUUGGUCAAUCUUAAAAAGAAACCACUUAAGAUUUCAAACUACAUUCCAAGUUCCAAACCUCCUACUGAGUCAGCCAAACCAAAGUGCUCCAUUUGUGGGAAAACUGUUAGUUCUACCAGCUACCUGCAAGUCCACUUGAGAAUUCACCUCCAGGAUAAGCCAUUUGAAUGUCGUGUCUGUAAAGCUGCAUUUGCGGACAGAUCAAAUCUAAGGAAACACGUGUUGAUCCAUGAUCAAGGCAGAAGUUCUGAAGAUGUUGACUCACCGGAAUAAAGGAGUUCUAUGAAAUGAUCGGCGUGACGUCUGAACUGAAGAACGGGCUCAUUUCACUCUAAAAUUUUGUAUCAGUGUUUUUUGAAAAUUAUUGUUUUCUAUUUUAAGGACGUGCAAUCAUUUUAACGUUGACAGCAACGACAAUUCUUUGUUCUAUUCCUUGUUUUGUAAAUGCACCGAAAUAUCAUUUGAACUGGAAGAACGGGCCAAUUGAAACUUAUUAUUUUUAUAUCAGUGUUUUUUGAUCUUAGAUCUUUCUAUUCGAAUGAUGCUUUUUUAUUUUGAAUUAGUGUUUUUGAUCAAGUUCUUGAUAUUCUUAGCAUGCGUGUUACUAAAGAUUAGAGCAAUGAAAGCCAUGUGUGUAAUAUAACUUGUUUGAAACGUCCGAAGUGCUUCGGUCUCCUCGAACAACUCUUCGUAUGGCCGGUUCGAUUCCGGUGCGUUAAAAGGAACAGUUGCACUUCUGUGCACUUAAAGCCAGGGUUUGCGAGUGCGGUGCGAUUGGAAAUUGUUUUCAGGUCAUUAAAAAUAUUCAUUUACAUAAUUUCUUCAA